AAAAUGAUAUCUGUGGUUUGCCAUUGUGCUCACGUUAACAUUUGUAUUUAAUGGCACUGGCCUGUGACAUGAUUGUAGCUAAAGAGGAGGGCCAAGGACAGAGCCUGUUGUGCUACAGCAUUUCAAAAUCAAGGGCAAGGAAAAGAUCCAGCAAAGGACACGGAGAACGAACACCCAAUGAGGUAGGAGGAAAAUUAGGGGAGUAUGGUGUUCUGCAAGUGAAGUGAUAAAAUGACUCAAAAAAGAGGGAGUGUUCAGCUGUGUCAGAUGCUGCAGGAAGGUUAAAUGCAGCCGCCUCGGUGUUCCAGAGCAGUUCCAGUGGAGUGGUUUGGAAGCAGUUUGGCACCGCGACUGGAAAGAGAUGAAGAGACAGAAGUGAGGGCAUAAGGAUAUAGCUGAUUAUGGCUGGAUCAGUAAAUGAAGUUUCUGGCAGUCUGGACGUGCUGGAGUCCAGUGAAGAGGGGAAGAAGAAAUCCAAAUUUAAAGCCUUCAAGAGCUUUUUUGGCAAGAAGAAGAAAAAAGAUUCUGAAGAUGUCCAGGGAGCAAAGUUGCUGAAAACAAGCAUUCCUGACAAUAUUAACACCUCUUCCCUGAAGCCAGCUCAUGGCAGCCAACAGGUUCAGCCUAGGCCCAAGAGCAGCAUGGGAAACAAAGCCAUAUCUCAUGACAGCAUCUUCCUAUUGGAUCCUCAGUCGGAAAGGCCGGCAAGUAAGAUGUUUACUUCCAUGGAGCGCCAGAAAGGCAGACUGAUGCAGAGAUCUUACGUUUACAGAACUCUGCCUAGAACUGGCACUAGCGUCCGGGGAACCAUGUCUGGAGUUAUGUUUGGAGCUGUGCCUCGACAUAUGCCCAAAAGUGGAAUCUGGGUGGCAGGCUCCAGGAUCACAGAGGUCCCACCACUGCCACCACGCCAACCCAGCAUCAGCCCAUCGCUUAUCCGAUCUGACAUAUUUUCUGAUGAAUUUAAAGAAAUUUCUGUAGAUGAUGAGCCAGUUGACAGCUCACAAACGAAGGCUUCAUCAUACAAGAUCUUGGCACUGAAGAAGAACUUCACUGAGUCAUCAUCUGUACCCGAUCUCACACAGUCCUUGGCUGCAUUUGCUAGCAUUACCUCUCCUGGAAACACUCAGAAGUUCAGUGAUUUCCCCACCCCAGCCACCAGCCAGAGCUGUUUAGAUUCUUCAGCUGCUCGACACAAGAUGACUUUAAAUCCCAGGAAGCAAAAGAAGAACUUUCAAGCAACUGUGAAAGCAAAGCAGGAGGAGCCAAGCUUUUUACUGGUUACUGAAGAAGAAAAGAGUAUGAGAAAACCAAAAGAUGCUGACCAGAAGCUGAACAAAGACAGUGAAGAACCCACAAGCCAGAAACAGAACAACGAAACAGAAAUUUAUGAUAAGACAACAGAACAGGCCCCAAACACUGAUGCUUCUGGGAACCUAGGCGGUAUGACAGCAGUACGUGGAAGAUGUAGACGAGUAGGAGCAAAUGCUUUAGGAAUGAGUGAGUGUGGGUCCAAAGGAAGAAGCUCUGUACAGUCCAGUAAAGGACACGGCCUGGGUGAUGGGGCUGGGUCCUUACCUACUGAUAAGACUGCCAAGGACUGCUCUUUCUGGAACCUACACUUGCAGACAAAAGUCACGGAGCAGCUCACAACUCCACAAGUAGAAACCGCUACUGCUCAGAAGUUGCUCUCAGAUGAAGGUGACAUGGGUGGUAGCAACGAUGAUGUCCAUUUUCAGGCAGAAAACACAUCAGCACCCCAGCCUCUACCUGAAAACAUGGAAGCGUCGAUGGCUAGUGGUCCACCAUCCUAUCAUGAACAUACGGUUUCUGCAGCCAAGAAGCUCCGAGCCAGGGCGCUUGCUUCCCCAGGGAUGGAGAGCUCUUCCGCAAGGCCAGAAGAGGCCAUUCACUCAGUGGCAGAGGCGGCCCAGGUGAUCAGGGAGCCCUCUCAGAUCCAGUCAGCGGAGGGAUCCAAAAUGCAGCCAGCCCAGGACGUCCCAGCUGCCUUCAAAGGUGAGCCUCCUGGAAAUAUCAUCCAGGCCUUUAUAGUGAGUGAAAUUUCCGGCAUGAUCGGUGAGGCAGAGGAAAUCAUUUUUUCAGAGAGGCUGCCUCCCCUACGCCUUUCCACUUUCUUAGGGCAACACGAGGCUGAGGAAGUCCUCUCAGAGUCAGAAAAUGAUUCCGAGGACGGCAGUCGUUCUGAGGAGCAAGUGAUCCCUGCACAUUCUCGCUCGCGUCUGGGGAAGCCUGAAGCUAAGGAAACCUCAGAUUCAGAGAGUGGUACCCAGGAGCAGAGCAAUUCUGAGGAACUGGCUGCUUCUGGUUGCUCUCCUCCAUCCUUGGGGAAGUUUGAAGAUAAACCAAAAGUCUUCCCCAAAUCGAAACAUUCUGUCAUGCAAUUAAGCCGCUCUGGGAAGCAGCAGGCUCCUAGCUACCCUUCCCGACCCUUUGAGGAGUGUCAAGUUGAAAAAGUCCCCAGAGGCUCGAGUGGUCGUGCUGAGAAGUACAGCAGUGCUGAAGAUUUGAACAGCUUGGAGGGACAGCUCCCCAUCAGACCCCGCGCCCAGGCCCUGAGGAAGCCCAGAGACCAAGCAGAAGUCAGCUCAGUCCCAAAGAACACGGCUGAAGGGAGCGGUUCUGCGGAGCAGACGCUGCCCACUGGGAGGCCUGUGUUGCCGCAGCAGCUCUCCUCCAGUCCACUGAGCUCUUCGACAGAACAGGGCAUCUCUGAGGAGUCAGUGUCUCCCCCAAACCCUUACCAGCCGUCGGAGGGCCCCAAUUCUGAGCACCACGUCUCUGUAAAUCCCAAGGGUGUGGCUACUGACUGGGGCAUUUCUAUGGAGCCACUGCCUCCCAGAAUGAGUUCUAAGCGCUCUGUGAGGCCAAAAGCUGAGCAGCAAGUGCCUUCACGUGCAGAAGUUACAGCUACCGGAGAGGUUGUUUCGCCGGAGGCGCUGUCUCCCAAGCGUGCUUCUCAGCCUCUGUUGAAAUCAGUAGUUGAACAAGAAGAUUCUUCAGGUUCCAAGCGCUCUGCUGGUGAGAAGGAUUCCGUGGAGCUGCGUCCUCCUGAGCUGCUUUCCCAGCCCUUAAUUAAGCCUCAGGAUCAGCAAGAUGUGUUGUCAGGUUCGGAGGCUAUUGCUGACGAAACGGGCCUUGCAGUUGCGCUGCUGCUCCCCGAAGAUUCUCCCCAGUCCUCGACAACUCCUCAAGUCCAGGGAAUCGUCUCAGAAAGCGCUGCUGCGAAGGAGGACGUUUGUGGAGAGCUGUCGCCUCCUGGGUGCCCUCCCCAGGCCUCGGUCAGGCCUAGCAGCCAGCUGCAGAAGAUCGUAGGCUCCGCGAGUGCUUCUGCGCAAUGGGAAGCCACUGCCUCCAGACACAGCCAACAAGCACCGGGGAGCCCCGCCUUUGAGCAAGUCUCUGCAGGUUCAGAGAGUGCUGCAGCUGAGGGGAGGAUGUCUGUGGAGCUGGAAUCUCCCAGGCCCCAUGCUCAGCCCCCGGCGAAGGCUGCAAGUGCAGAGGGUGUUGCCCCUGAGGGUGGCGUUUCUGCAGAACUGCUGCUUUCUGGACACGCUUCUCCGUCCACUGUAACACAUGAUGUCCAGAAAAUGGCCACAGGGCCCCAGAGUGCUGCUGUUGAGGGACGCAUGUCAGGGGAGGCGGUGCCCCCCAAAUGUUCUACUCAGCUCUCUGUCAAGUCCAAAGUGCAGGAGAUAUCCUCACGCCUAACAAACACGACUAAAGUAGAGAAGUCGCUGCUUGCCAGCCAUCCUUCCCGGUCGUUUGUGAAGUUUAUGGCACAGCAAAUCUUCUCAGAGGACUCGGCUCCCAAAGAGAGCUCUUGCACGGACCCCCCGCCUCCAAAGCAUCCAUCCAAGUCUCUGUUGAGGCCUAAAAUGGAUCACAAAGUGUUCUCAGAUCGGGAGCAGGCUGACCCCGGGGGAGGCAGAUCUUCGAAGACGCUGCCUCUGAAGCACUCUGUCAAGUCUGUGGGCAGGCCCAAAGACCUGCAAGAAGUUCCCUCAUCCUCAGAGCACGUUCCUGUGAAGAGAAGCACUGCUGAAGAGCAGCUGCCUCGUAGACAGAACGCCCCAGCCUUGGGAAAGUUUGAGUGCCAGCAAGAAGUCCCCUGUGUUUCUGAAAGCUCUCCUGAAGAGUGGAGGCCUUCUAGAGAGAGCCUGCCUCCCAGACGCGCUCCUCAAGCGUUGAAUGGGUCGCAGUUGCAGCCGCAGACUUGCCCGGCGGGCUCAGUGGAUGGGCCUGUAAGGCGGAGCAGUCCUCAAGAGCACCUGCAACCCAGGAACCCUUUACCGCCUUUUGGAGACUCUGAAUAUGAGCAACAGGUUCUUUCAAACUCCACGAGCGCUACUACCAAGGGAACCAUUUUGGAGGGCAAUUCUGGCAGAGAGUCCCUACCAAAAGGCUCAGUUUUUCCAAACAAGACCAAGCAGCACAGCGCAGGCUCUGAAGACCUCAUGACUGUUACCACCAAACCUAGGAAGUUCACCCUUGCCCCAGCCUCGAAAACACCUGUUUCUGGGGGCACGUACUCUAAGAGGGAAGGCCUUGAGAGUGGUGAUGGAAAUAAUGACAACCGCUCCAAUGUCACCACUAACGAGGCUGGCGUUGAAAAAUGUUUUGGAGUGCAACUGAGAAGACUCCCUUCCUCCCGGAAGUAUAAGAGCACAAAACUAGAUAACUUUGCCCAGCUUCCUCCACUGCCCUCAGGCCCGAUUCCAUUCUCUGAAGGUAGAGAGCAGCGGAUGAGAAGAAGAGCGUCCCGGGGGCUCCUGGACACUGCAGAGACCACCACCACAAUACCUGAGCUGGAGGGGAAGCAGCUGAGCGAGCCCAAAUCUGAAGCUGUGGCCCAGAAGCAACCUGCCUACAAGACCCCAGGAAAGCAUCCUGGUCAACAAUCAGACAGUGCUAUCUCAGAGCCAGCUUGGAUAACCAUGGCAAAGCAGAAGCAAAAGGGUUUCCAGACUCCUGUACCUAUGAGACCAUCAAAAUUCAAGGACAGAACUGGAGCAGAGGCUGCGACUAAGGAGCCUGUUUAUGUGGGAGCUGACCCUGAAAAUGACAACCAAUCAAGAAAGAUUUUCACUUCCAAUGUCCAUAGACAGAAGAUGGCACAGAUGAAGCUAAUCAAAUCAGCUGUACUUGAAGAUCAGAAGAUACUUCACAUCCCUGCCAAGCAAAAAGAAACUAAAGAAUCUUCAACUUUUCCAGCCAAGUCCCAUCAGCCAGUUGAGCUGGCUGAGCCGGUUGAACCAGCUGAGCUGGUUCAGCCAGUUGAGCCUGUCUGGUUCUCUAUGGCCAAGAAGAAAUCCAAAGCAUGGAGCCACAAAACAUAGACGAUGUAAUAAGUAGGUCCUAGGUGAAGCGUAAGCAUUUUAAAUGAUAAUUGCCAACAGUUGCAUUAAUUCUGUGCAGUGAUUUAUUUCCUGUGACCAUUUUUAUUAAGCAAAAAGGCCUUAGAAAGGGGAAUAGAAACUUACAAUCCUUUGAAUGAAAUAAAUGCCAUGAAUGCCUAGCCUUCAGUAGAGUUACCACCAAUGCUUCUUGCCACCCUCAUUCCUAGAGACACACACCUCAGAAGGUACUAGGCUGGAGAGCCCCCACCUCCCAAGAGACCCACUCACCCCAACCAUGGGGAAGAGAGAAGGCCUAAAAGGAGAGCGGGAGAGGAAGUGUCAGGAUGAGGGGGAAAGAUCAGUUGGGAGGGCAGGAGCCGAGUAGCCCUGCAAAUUUGACCCCUCCCUUUGCAUCUUGCCAUGCAGUCUGUUUCUGUAGUGCAUCACCUCCUUUUAAAACUCCCAGGCGGAGGAGUACAGAUUUAGGCACGUUUACCUCCAGAGUCAGUCCCUUAAUCAGCUAGAUUUCCAAGGUGUAGACCACCUUAGACUCUCCUCCAGGUUCACCAAAAAUUAGUUAAGUCCUCCUUUCUACAUCCUUCCUUUUUAUUCUAUCCCGCAAACCCACCAAACACGUUGAGAGAGAUGACCUUAGAUGCCUUGCCAGUUAACCCUAGCUUAUUAGGUGACCCAGAAGUGACUUCUCAUUAUAGUUAUCACUAUGUCUGCCUUUGUCUCUUCAGGGUUACUCUGUUUAAACAGAUAUGCAGGCCUGAACAUCCACCUAUGCCUUUACAUCCUGAGCGGGGCCCUGCUCCAUCCCAAAAUGCCCACCGAGGCAGCAAGGCAGUGAGGAGCCAGAGCUAAUUUAAGUACCUGGGUGCUGGCUGCUGCUGAUAUAAUGUGACACAAUACUGACCACUUGCUAGGUGUCGCAUUUUCUCUAUUAGCAUCUAUUUUUUUCUGAUACUGUGUUUUUGUCUUUUUUGAUAAAGUUAGGUUUUUGAUAGACUGGAUAUUAUUACCUUUGUAUCCCAUAAUGAACAGUAGAUGACCUUCAUGCAGGUAAUCCUUCCCUCUCUUAACAAUUUAUUUUCCACAGUUAACAAAGCUCUUUUAAUUGAUGAGGUUUUUUUUUUUUUAAAGUCUAGUGACACAUUGUUUUCAGCUUCUUUGCACUUUCUUGAUUUUUUUGAUUUAUAUAGAGCAAAUGAAAUCAAUAAAGCCUGUUCUUUAGACCAUCUCAGUCUGUUUCAUGGGGGAGGAAAAUCAAAUAGGGUAUUGACAACUCAGACUUUGAAGGUGUUCAGAGAAGCAAAAUGCUCAUAAGAAAUUGUGCUUCAUAGGAGGGGCUACCACACAGAUGAGUCUGCCAAGCUGAUGCCCUCCUAAGGGGCUUGGUGUGGAGGAGAAGUGCUAUUGAAGAGGAUUUGCAUAUGAACACCUGGGAAGUUAAGUGAGAGACUGGUGGGAGAGGGGCGCAGCUGGGCAUGAGUAGAAGGGACAAGGUGGUUAGUGACUGCACUCCGUCCUGGCUCAGGGACUAGGUCCAAGACCUAUAGCAAGAUGGUUUAACUGCAACAAGCCCUUUUCAGAAGCACAGGGCCCCACCUGCUUAGGCAAUAAAGAGUGACAGAGAGCCAGCACCGCGGCUCACUAGGCUAAUUCUCCGCCUGCAGCGCCGGCACACCGGGUUCUAGUCCCGGUCAGGGUGCCGGAUUCUGUCCCGGUUGCCCCUCUUCCAGUCCAGCUCUCUGCUGUGGCCAAGGAAGGCAGUGGAGGAUGCCCAAGUGCUCGGGCCCUGCACCUGCAUGGGAGACCAGGAGGAAGCACCUGGCUCCUGGCUUCGGAUCAGCGCAGUGCGCUGGCCGCAGCAGCCAUUGGAGGGUGAACCAACGGUAAAGGAAGACCUUUCUCUCUGUCUUUCUCUCUCACCAUCCACUCCACCUGUCAGAAAAAAAAAGAGUGACAGAGAAUGAAGAAGGGAAAGUGGUUUAUUUAGUCUAGCCUGCUUGUAACAUUUUUGGAGUUCAGAACAAGAAUUCAGCUGGGGAUCCACAAACCCCUAUGUCUAAAUAUCUGAAAUGUUUAAAUCAACUAAUUUAACAUGGUUUAUCUCCUUCCAUGACAGAGGUAUCUUCAUAAUGACCUGAAAGGUCAGGUUGGGUUUUAGAAUUCGUCGACUCCUCUAGGUCCUGCCCCAGUGGCAUGGAAAACACUGCUUUCCUCCCCUCUUCUCCCUUUGGGAUUAUUUCAGAACUCCCAGGACACAAGAAUACAACCAUAAACAUCCAUGUAUUCACCACUCAGCUAGACAUGUAACAUUACCGGUACACCUGACGCCAAAGAUGGAGCCCUCUGUACAAUCCCAAUCCCCCCCCCCCUUUCCCUAGGAGAUGAAUUCCAUCUUAGCUGUUUCUCUGUCCAAUACACACCUUUCUGCAUGCUACAUCUUUACACAUACCUCAUAUGCAUGCUUUUUAGCUUCUAUGUACCCACAGUAGGUAUCAGUGAUGAUUUGCAGGGUUUCUGAGACUUCAUAUGUCAUCAUGUUUACAUCUUCUGGAGCUAGCUUUCCCCCUUAGACAUAUUUCUGUUGCAAUCAGCUAAUCUCUUCCCCUCUGUGUCUCAGCCUCUGUGAGCUCUAGUCUCCUUCCUGCCCAGCCCUUGCUGUCCUGUUCAGUUUACCUGCAACAGGCAUAAGCCAGUGACUUUUAAGACUGGCCUUAUCUUAGGUGAGUGUCUCACAGCCUCUUCCCAAACCUUAGUGUGCGUCAGGACUCCUUGGAGGGCUUGUUAAAAACAAAUGGCUGUGAGCUGGCAUUGUGGCACUGUUAACAGUGUAAGCCUCUGUCUGAGGCGCUGCCAUCCGAUAUGGGCACUGGUUUGAGUCCUGGCUGCUCCACUUCCAAUCCAGCUUCCCGCUACUGCACCUAGGAAAGCAGUGGAAGACGGCUGAAGUACUCAGGCCCCUGAUACCAAUGUGGGAAACCCAGAUGGAGUUCCUGGCUCCUGGCUUUAGCCUGGCCCAGCCCCAGUUGUUGUGGCCAUUUGGGGAGUGAACCGAAACGGUGGAAGGAAGAUACCUUUCUCUCUCUGUCUCUGUCUCUCUCUCUUAAAUAACAGAUGGCUGACCUCAAACCUCAGUUUAUGAUUCAGAAGAUUUGGAUGUGGCCUGAGAGUCAGCACUUGUGACACGUUCUCAGGUGAUGGUGAUCUGCUAAUCCAGAGACAACAU